AUGAAUUUUUUCCCUUUGCAGCAUCAGUAGCUCUCAGCCCACCUCCAGCCAGGCUACGCUGUUCCUCUCGCUGCCACUGUUUUUUUCUCCAAGGUUGGGGACCGACGUUAAAUUACCUCCACGAAGGGCAGCGACUCCACGAGCCCGUAAAUAAUAAUAAUAAUACAAACAGCAGCGUCUUCGCAGGAGCUGCGUCGCGAGAGAGGAGGAGGAAAAACAAAACCAGAGCACGAUGUCGGCCAGAGGAGGGAAAAAGAAGGUCACCAAGCUGUCCCGAUCAUCCAGGGCAGGGGUCAUCUUCCCUGUGGGGAGGAUGAUGAGAUACCUGCGCACAGGUACGCACAAGUACCGCAUCGGCAUGGGAGCACCUGUGUACAUGGCAGCUGUCAUCGAGUACCUGGCAGCUGAGAUUCUGGAGCUGGCAGGAAAUGCGGCACGAGACAACAAGAAAGGUCGAAUAACUCCCAGACACAUCAAACUGGCUGUGGCCAACGAUGAGGAGCUCAACCAGCUUCUACGGGGAGUGACCAUAUCAAACGGAGGUGUUCUGCCUCGCAUCCACCCAGAGCUGCUCUCCAAGAAGAGAGGAGGCCGGGUGAAGGUGGACACCCAGACGUCUGCGCCCGAGAAGCAGCAGGAGCGCUCCAAGAACAAGAAGGUCGUCAAAUCCUUUAAAAAGUUCAAAGGGAAACGAGGCCGCAAGCCAAAGAACACGGAGAGCAACAAAGAGUCUGUGCCGAGUUCUUCUGUGGAAGAUGGACCAGGAGACGGAUUCACCAUCCUGUCAGCCAAGAGCCUGUUUCUUGGACAGAAGCUCUCCCUGACAGAGAGUGAGGUCAGUAAGAUCGGAACUAUCAAGGUGGAGGGAAUCAUAAACCCAACGAACGCAGAGCUGGACCUCAAAGAUGGAGUCGGAAAUGCACUGGAGAAAGCUGGAGGCCGAGAGUUCCUGGAGGCCGUUAAGGAGCUGCGCAAAGUGCAGGGGCCUCUGGAGGUGGCAUCAGUGGCAGUGAGCCAGGCCAACGGUAUGGCAGCCCGCUUCGUCAUCCACUGUAACGUCCCACAGUGGGGCUCGGAGAAGUGCGAGGACCAGCUGGAGAAGCUGGUGAAGAACUGCCUCUCAGCAGCUGAGGAGAAGAAGCUGAAGUCCGUGGCCUUCCCAUCACUUCCUGCCGGACGGAACGGUUUUCCAAAGCAAACGGCCGCUCAGCUCAUCCUGAAGGCCGUCUCCAACCACUUCGUGUCGUCCACCAGCUCCUCUCUGAAAAACAUUUACUUUGUGCUGUUUGACAGCGAGAGCAUUGGAGUAUACCUACAGGAAAUGGCCAAGCUGGACAGCAAGUGAGGAUCGCUUUCCUUUCUGGGGUGGGGGGG